AUGUCGCCCAAGACUGCCUCAACUUCGACAUCCAAGAACGCAUCAUCCGACAACGCUACUUUACACAGUGAAUCUUCGUCUGCCGAAGCAGGCCAGUGCCUCCGAGCCGGCAAAAAGAAAGCAUGUAAGCGUGCUCAAGCCUGCCGAAAGACGAAAACUCUCUCAACCGCCGAAAUCUCUGACGAGUCUACUGCGGAUGUAAAAUGCCCGGCCCCCGAGAAGACACGCAGGUCCAGGCAACGUCAGUCUGAGGCCUCUGACGAGGAUGGGGGAGAAAUAACAGACAGCACCAAUAGCGCAGUCCUCACCACGACAGACACUGGAACAAGUGACGCCGACACCACGGAGGAAAGAGACACAGAGGCGGAGACCACAGAUAAGAGCAAUGGCUCUGGCUGGACGUUCUCUGAAGAUGCUCAGCUCAGGGGAAUGAAGACUGACGAUCGAGGCCCAACUUGGGUGGAGAUCGCCCGUGUUCUUCACAGAAGAAAAGGAGAAUGCCAGAAACGAUGGAACAAGAUCAAAGGCCGCAAGCGAGGAACACGAGCGCCGUCAAAGAAACAAACGCACAUUCGCACAGAGCACGCAAAGGCUAAGGACAACGCCGAAGACACGGCCCAGGAAUCAAAGGCUGCUGAUUGUCGCAUCUCCUCCAAGUGCCAUGGCGACCUGGCACGAGAAAAUCUGACCUAUAGGCACGAUGCGAUCAGAUCCUCUGACGCAGAGUACCUCCAGAACCACAUCCGUCCUUCACUCUACCCACGUCUGAUUGCGCCAGCCGCCGACGAGUAUCUAAGUCAGGAGGACUGCGACAUUUUAGCCACAUCCCACAGCAAGUACAAGCAUAGUAAGUGGCUCGAGAUGCAGGCCAAUUUCUACAACUGCACGGGUCGAAUGGUGCCAUUGAGCAUCAUUCGAGACAAGUGUGAGCGAGCGGAGGCAGAGGCAGGAGCAGCGGCAAAAAACAAUAGAGCCAGGGCACGGGUCACCCAAUGGGUGUCAUCAGUGUGCGAUGAAGGCUCCGAGGAGCUUGGCGCCUAAGGCGGCUAUGGCAAUUCACCAACAGGGUGAACCCAAGGGGUUGGGGAGAAGAAU